AGCAGUCCAGCGAGCAAGUCUCUCUCCUACGCUCUCUGGACAUUUUCACUUUUAGAUUUCCGUACCUAUACCUGACGGGCGACUAUAUCCUUCCGGCCACCGGAAAAAAAAGCUAUAGCCAACCCCCUGACUGCACUACACUCCGGCGAGUAGUACUUACCCAAAGUGCGCCAGUUCAGUUCCAUGCAGAUGUGGAGAAACAAGCGAGCGCUCAGCGAGAGUGAUUGUGAACAGGAUCUCUACCUUGACGAACAUUCCAACAAAGAUUGCUCUUCGCCCGGCGAAGGAUUGAACGAAUCUUGCGGGACUUCCAGCACCGGAGGCAACAUGACACGCAAGCGAAGGCGCGGAAUCAUCGAGAAGAGGAGAAGAGACCGGAUCAAUCACAGUUUAUCCGAAUUGAGACGGUUAGUUCCAUCGGCUUUCGAGAAACAAGGCUCGGCUAAAUUAGAGAAAGCCGAGAUCCUCCAGCUCACCGUUGAUCACCUGAAAAUGCUUCACGCCAAGGGUUUGGAUGCAUUGGCGUACGAUCCGCACAAAUUCGCCAUGGACUACCACAACAUUGGAUUUCGCGAGUGUACGGCGGAAGUGGCCCGCUAUCUGGUCUCGGUGGAAGGGAUGGAUGUCCAGGAUCCGCUCCGCUUGCGGCUCAUGUCUCACCUGCAGUGCUUUGCCGCCCAACGUGAACUCAGCAAUAAACCGGUGACCGCCGCACCUGGUGGCGGUGGGUCUGUUGGGUCAUCCGGCGUCGUGACUUCGCCCGUUUCGAGCGCUGCCGCUCCGUCAUCCGCCAUCAUCAACACGCCGGCCCCCAGCAACGCCUGGCCUUUCCCGCCGACUCCCGGCAGCUACGGUGGCGGACAUAAUGUCAACAGUGCUGUCCAGCAUCACAAUUUCAACAAUCAUCCGGCCACGUCCAGUUCGGGAGGCCAACAGAGCGGAACUCCCGGCCCGAGCAGCGUCUUUGAUCAAUCGGCCCAUCACUACGGAAUGGAUAUGGGCAAUUCGAUCGGCUAUCCAGCGGCGGCCAAUGCGGCCCGUCUCCAUCAUCACACGGCCAUGCCGCACCACCACCACCAUCAAACCGGAACAACGAUGACGACGCUCCAACCUGUCCAGCCCGGACAUCCUCACCAUCCGGCCACUGCUUCCUAUCCGCAUGUCAAUCACCAUCCGUUCCCCACAUUGGCUGCCCAGAAUGGCGGCUACACCACUUCCGGCAACCAAGUCCGACCUUACCGGCCAUGGGGUGCCGAAUUGGUUUAUUGAAAAACAAAAGAAAAAUUCUUCAUCCGGAAUUCUUUCGUCUGUAAAUAAAAUGCUAAUCAAUAUUUGCUAGUCAGCAACAGCAUCAGCCAACGAGACCAAUUAAUUGAAGUCGUUGUUCAAAUUCAAAUUUUCUUUCAUACGUUUUUUUGUAUCUCCCGCUCAUCAGUCGCCUUCCUUUGAUGUUGAAUCUCCCCCCAAAAAGCAAUUUCAUGACGCAAUUCUAUACAUUGGGGAAAUUUGGAAAAGAAAAAAAAAAUUUAAUGCGAACGAUCCAUUUUCCUUGAUGUUUUGUGAUGACGAUCUCUCUAUCUCUCAAUAUGCAAUACGAAUAAAUCUAGAUGAUUAAAAAAACAAAUUCAAAUUUCAUUCGCGCAUUUCCGGCAAAUACUUUAUUCAGCUCCUGUAUAUAGUGUAAACAA